UCUUCGCCUUUUAAAUUUCCUUCUUACCUCUGUCGACCUCUCUUCCACACCUGUGAGUGAAACAAUCCUGUGUGUUUGCGUGGGCAACUGCCUGUGUAUGCAGGUGUGGCGAUCGCAGCCAACCGCCGUCUGGAGGCGUGCAUGCGGUGCCGGUGCAAAAGAACCCGGUUGUCUCAGAAUGGGUUUUGGCUGGUCCUGCACGUUACCAUCAUUCCUCUCCCCCCCCCCACAGGGUCGAAGGAUUAUCGCUCAUUCUCCUGCUGGACAGCUGCGGCCAACAAACUCAUUGUUCAACUGCGCGCACCCCCCUCGACGGCGGCUUGUCGCCGUCGCUCAUCUGCUUCGCUGGUCGCUGCACACUCUUCUUUCUCUUUUUGUCGCCUGCUCCUGUUGGCGCUCGCAUAUUCUGCAGACCGUUGCGUCCAGUCUCUGACCCUCGCUGACCCAGUCUAGAAACCAAUUUAGAACCCAACUGUAUAACGUCACCGAUCGCAAGUCUCUCCUUUUUCACUUCGACUUUCUCAACGCUCCUUCGCUCCUCUUUGUACCGUGUACCGGCCGUUCGUUCCUCCCUUGAGAUUUCCCGACC